AUGAAGCACAGCGGUGGGAACCAAGCCAGCUAUGUUCUUGGUCAAAAGACCCCAAGCAUCCGAGAUCUCUACUCGUUAGGACACAAAUUAGGGCAAGGACAGUUUGGGACGACAUACAUGUGCAAAGAGAUCUCGACAGGGCGUGAAUACGCGUGCAAGUCUAUAACAAAACGUAAGCUGAUUUCAAAGGAAGAUGUGGAAGACGUGCGGAGGGAAAUCCAGAUCAUGCACCAUCUUGCUGGUUACAAGAACAUUGUCACCAUCAAAGGCGCUUACGAGGAUCCGUUGUAUGUUCACAUCGUCAUGGAGCUCUGCUCAGGUGGGGAGCUUUUUGAUAGAAUCAUCCAGAGAGGACAUUACAGCGAGAGAAAAGCAGCUGAGCUGAUUAAGAUCAUCGUUGGUGUUGUUGAGGCUUGCCAUUCUCUAGGUGUCAUGCAUAGAGAUCUGAAGCCCGAGAAUUUCUUGUUGGUUAAUAAGGACGAUGACUUCUCUCUCAAGGCCAUUGAUUUUGGGCUUUCCGUCUUCUUCAAACCAGGUCAAAUAUUUGACGAUGUGGUUGGAAGUCCGUAUUACGUAGCUCCUGAGGUUCUGCUGAAGCACUACGGACCGGAGGCGGAUGUGUGGACCGCAGGGGUCAUACUGUACAUAUUGGUGAGCGGAGUCCCUCCAUUCUGGGCAGAAACACAGCAAGGGAUAUUUGAUGCAGUGCUAAAGGGACAUAUUGACUUUGACUCUGAUCCAUGGCCACUAAUAUCUGACUCUGCAAAAGACUUGAUCCGCGGCAUGCUAUGUUCCCGCCCCUCUGAGCGGCUCACAGCUCAUCAAGUUUUGCGCCAUCCUUGGAUCUGUGAAAAUGGAGUUGCACCAGAUAGAGCACUAGAUCCUGCGGUGCUUUCUCGUCUCAAGCAGUUCUCUGCGAUGAAUAAACUAAAGCAGAUGGCUUUACGAGUAAUAGCUGAGAGUCUCUCGGAAGAAGAAAUCGCUGGACUAAAGGAAAUGUUCAAAGCAAUGGACACGGAUAACAGUGGAGCGAUUACAUUUGACGAGCUUAAAGCUGGCUUGCGAAGAUAUGGCUCUACCCUCAAGGACACCGAGAUUCGAGACCUUAUGGAGGCUGCAGAUAUUGACAAGAGUGGGACAAUAGAUUAUGGUGAAUUCAUUGCUGCAACAAUACAUCUGAACAAAUUAGAGCGUGAGGAACAUCUCCUCUCAGCCUUCAGCUACUUUGACAAAGACGGGAGCGGUUACAUCACAAUCGAUGAGCUACAGCAUGCUUGUGCUGAACAAGGGAUGAGUGAUGUGUUUCUUGAAGAUGUGAUCAAGGAAGUCGACCAAGACAAUGAUGGAAGGAUUGAUUACGGAGAGUUUGUAGCGAUGAUGCAGAAAGGCAUUGCUGGAAGAACAAUGAGGAAAAGCAUAAACUUGAGCCUCAGGAACAAUGCCAUCCUUUAG